CUUGAAAACACUAGCAGUUCAUCAUUAUCACUUCAUGUUACGACAGAACCCUUUUGGAGUAAAGCAAGCCUAAAAUUGUACCCUGAACAGCAGGAGUGGCAGUCGGCCAUGUUGACAGAUUUUGAUAAGGAGACAACUCUCUAACAGUCACAUGAAAGCAAACUGAAAAAUGGUCAGCUUUUGUCCACAGUCCACCACUGUAGCAACAGUUGUCCUUCUGUUGCUAACAUCAGCAGUAAUCUCAGCACAUUUCCGUGUUUGCGAGCCUUAUGCAGAUAUCAAGGGACGCUAUCAUUUCGGUUUCCACUGCCCACGCCUAUCAGACAGCAAAAGCUACAUGUUAUGUUGUCAUCAUAACAGCACGGUCUUCAAGUAUUGCUGCAACGAGACUGAGUUUCAGGCAGUCAUGCAGAUGAACAUGACAGGCCAGCCAGAGGGAUACAUGCAUAAUAACUACAGUGCGCUGGUUGGAGUAUGGAUUUACGGUUUUUUUGUCCUGGUCUUGCUUAUACUGGACCUUCUGUACUACUCUGCCAUGAACUAUGAGAUCUGCAAAUUUUACCUGUCGAAGUGGGGGAUCCGAGGCAGCUGGCUGAAGCAAGACGAGAGUCAAUGGAGCGGCUCCACUCAGGGACAGGGACAGUGUCAAGCUCAGGAGCAGUCCCAGGCCCAUUCUGCACAGACUAUACAGACGCUGAAAGCUGAUGUUCAAAGUCCAGCCUUGAUGUCUUUUCAAACUUCAACUGCAUGGUGA